AGCCGUGCUGCUCCAAACCGGACCGGGAGGAGGAAGAGGAGGAAGAGGAGGAGGAGGAGGAGGAGGAGGAAGAGGCAUGGUGCUGGUGCUGCAGCAUCUCCUCACCGCCCUCCUUCAAUUUUUCAGACGGGGCCAGCAGGUUUUCCUGAAGGUGGAGGACGCCGUGCCCGGCUCCGAGGCGCUACAGGACGCCCUCCUGAGCCUGGGGGCCGUGAUCGAUGUCUCCAGCCUGCGGGAUGCCCUGCGCGAUGCCGUCCUCUCCCUGCUGCCCAAAGUGGAGCACCUCUACAUCUACCUGCUGGAUGGGGACACCCGGCUGACCUGCGACGACCCCCCCCAUGAGCUGCCUGCUGAGGGGAAGCUCAGGGAUGCGGUGCGGAGGCAGAAGCGGGUGGAGUGCGGGGGGCUGCCCCCCGCCGAGCUGCAGGGCCAGAAGCUGGGCCCCCUGGCUGCGCCCCUCGCCCCCGGCACGCAAGUGCUCAUCAUCCCGCUGGUGGACAAGGACAGCGGGGCCGUGGUGUGCGUCCUCCUGGUUCACUGCAGCCCCCUGAGCGACUCGGACGAGCAGAACCUGCGCGCCCUGGAGCGCCACACCCUGGUGGCGUACCGGCGCGUGCAGGCUCUGCAGAAGCUGCAGCCCUGGCCGCAGGUCAGCCUCUCCACCAGCUCCUCGCAGACCUCCUUGGCCAAGGCUGAGAAGGCUCCCGAGGGCAGCUACAGCGAGCUGGACUGCAAGAUCCUACAGCUCUGCGGCGAGCUGUACGACCUGGAUGCCGCCUCGCUGCAGCUCAAGGUCAUCAACUAUCUGAAGCAGGAGACCCAGUCGCUGUGCUGCUGCCUGCUGCUGGUCUCGGAGGACAACCACCAGCUCUUCUGCCAGGUGGUGGGCGACCGCGUCCUCGAGGAGGAGAUCAGCUUCUCGCUCACCUUCGGGCGCCUGGGGCAGGUGGUGGAGGACAAGAAAUCCAUCACCUUGAAGGACAUCAGUGAGGAGGAGCACAAGCAGCUCAACAGCAUGCUGGGCACCGAGGUCACCUCCAUGCUCUGCGUCCCCGUCAUCAGCCGUGCCACCUCCCAGGUGGUGGCCCUGGCUUGCGCCUUCAACAAGCUGAGCGGAGAGAGUUACACGGAGAGGGACGAGCACAAGAUCCAGCACUGCUUCUGCUACACCUCCACGGUGCUCACCAGCACGCUGGCCUUCCAGAAGGAGCAGAAGCUCAAGUGCGAGUGCCAGGCCCUGCUGCAGGUGGCGAAGAACCUCUUCACGCAUUUGGACGACGUCUCCGUGUUGCUCCAGGAGAUCAUCACGGAAGCCCGAAACCUCAGCAACGCCGAGAUAUGCUCCGUGUUCCUGCUGGACCGCCACAGCCACGAGCUGGUGGCCAAAGUGUUCGACGGCGGCGUGGUGGAUGACGAGAGCUACGAGAUCCGCAUCCCCGCCGACCAGGGCAUCGCGGGGCACGUGGCCACCACGGGCAAGAUCCUGAACAUCAAGGACGCCUACUCGCACCCCCUCUUCUACCGCGGCGUGGACGACAGCACCGGCUUCCGCACCAGGAACAUCCUCUGCUUCCCCAUCAAGAACGAGAGCCAGGAGGUCAUCGGGGUGGCCGAGCUGGUCAACAAGAUCAACGGGCCCUGGUUCAGCAAAUUCGACGAGGACCUGGCCACCGCCUUCUCCAUCUACUGCGGCAUCAGCAUCGCCCACUCCCUGCUGUACAAGAAGGUGAACGAGGCGCAGUACCGCAGCCACCUGGCCAACGAGAUGAUGAUGUACCACAUGAAGGUGUCGGACGACGAGUACACCAAGCUGCUGAGCGAGGGCAUCCAGCCCGUGGCCACCAUCGACCCCAAUUUCGCCAGCUUCACCUACACGCCCCGCUCCCUGCCCGAGGACGACACCUCCAUGGCCAUCCUGAGCAUGCUGCAGGACAUGAACUUCAUCAACACCUACAAGAUGGACCGCCAGACCCUCACCAGGUUCUGCCUGAUGGAAAAGGGUUACCGUGACCCCCCCUACCACAACUGGAUGCACGCCUUCUCCGUCUCCCACUUCUGCUACCUGCUCUACAAGAACCUGGAGCUCGUCAACUACCUGGAAGACAUCGAGAUCUUCGCCCUGUUCAUCUCCUGCAUGUGCCACGACCUGGACCACCGGGGCACCAAUAAUUCCUUCCAGGUGGCCUCGAAAUCCGUCCUGGCAGCUCUGUACAGCUCCGAGGGCUCAGUCAUGGAGCGCCACCACUUCGCCCAGGCCAUCGCCAUCCUCAACAGCCAGGGCUGCAACAUCUUCGACCACUUCUCCCGCAAGGAUUACCAGCGCAUGCUGGACCUGAUGCGGGACAUCAUCCUGGCCACUGACCUGGCCCACCACCUGCGCAUCUUCAAGGACCUCCAGAAGAUGGCAGAAGUCGGCUACGACCCCAAAAACAAGCAGCACCACAGCCUGCUGCUCUGCCUGCUGAUGACCUCCUGCGACCUCUCCGACCAGACCAAGGGUUGGAAGACCACCAGGAAAAUCGCGGUGAGUGGGGACCCCCCCAAAAACCCCCCAAAACCUCCCCAAAUUGCCCCCAGGGUGUACCCCGUGCCGGGUGCUUGCACCAACAGGGGGGCACCAGCAGCUCCCCAAGGGACGUCCCCUGCACCCAGAGCCACGUCCCCCAAAUUCCGAAAAAAAGGGGGAGAUGUUCCCCAAAAAGGGAAAAUUGUUCCCCAAAAAGGGAAAAUUGUUCCCCAAAAAGGGGGAAUUGUUAUCAAAAAAAGGGGAAUUGUUCCCAAGAAAGAGGUGUUUUUCCCCAAAAAGGGGGAAUUGUUCCUAAAAGUAUGUUGUUGUUACCCAGAAAGGGGGAGUUUUUCCCCCAAACAGGGGAAUUUUCCCAAAAAAAGGGGGGAAAUUUCCCAAACCAAGGGAAUAUUUCCCCCAAAUGGGGAGUUGUUUCCCAAAAGGGGGAAUUGGUCCCAAAUAAGGGGGAAUCGUUCACCAAAAGUGGGGAGUUGUACCCAAAAAGGGGGGAUUUUUCCUUAUAAAGGGGAAUUGCUCCUCCAAAAUGGGGAGAUUUUCCCCAAAAGACAGGGAACUGUUCCCAAAAAAGGGGAGUUGUCCUCAAAACAUGGGGAAUUGUUACCAAACAAUGGGGUAUUCUCAAAAAAAAAAGGGGAUUUUUCCCCAAAAGAUGGGCAUUGUUACCUAAAAAGGGAAAAUUGUUCCCCAAAAAGGGGGAAUUGUUAUCAAAAAAGGGGAAUUGUUCCCGAGAGAGGUGUUUUUCCCCAAAAAGGGGGAAUUGUUCCUAAAAGUAUGUUGUUACCUAGAAAGGGGCAGUUUUUCCCCCAAACAGGGGAAUUUUCCCAAAAAAAGGGGGGAAAUUUCCCAAAACAAGGGAAUAUUUCCCCCAAAUGGGGAGUUGUUUCCCAAAAGGGGGAAUUGGUCCCAAAUAGGGGGAAUCGUUAACAAAAAGUGGGGAGU